AUGGCCGAUACCACCAAACUCGCCAUGCGCUCUGAGAGGCCAGUACUGCGACACAGCUCUUUGAAGGGCGGUUCCUUCAUUCAAGACCAUCAGCAAUACAAGCCCACCCCGCCAAUAACGCAGAAUAUUACUGAUGUUCUGCUGACUGCGGGCGACAAUACAUUCCACAAUGCGAACCCCAUUAGCCCCGAUCCCGAGAAGGUGACCGAGAGCGGCAUUGUACACAGCAUUUUCCCCAAGUCCCCGAAUCCGCUGCCUGCUGGUACUACGAAGCUUGUGGCAACCAUCUUUUAUAAAUCAGGCAGUCCUCAUCAUCAUGCCAACUCAUUCAGUGCCGAGGGCGGCGUCUUGCCCUCUCCAGUAGUGCCCGUGGGCUCUGCUCCAACCGUUGAUAUCGAGAAGCUGCCUCGAGAGCCCCCAGCACCGGAACCAGAACCAUUAGAUCACCUAUACGGGCCCUUUGUCUCGCAGCUAUGCCUCACCCACUUCUUGCAAAUCUUGGAAAGCUUGCAUACUCCAUACCAGCGUAUGAACACAUCGCACCGCUGUCUAGAUCAGGACGACCAGCCUCGAGUCGUGGAAGUGACACUUUCUCCUCUACCCAACCCGGAAUAUUUGUCAUUUGGCGAUUUGCGCAAGCAUGAAAAUAUAUGGCGUUUUGAGCGAGAAUGGAAUGUGGAAGUUGUCUUGCAGAAAGAAAGUAUCUUUAGGCGGUAUAAGCGCCUAGUGGUAUUCGACAUGGACAGUACACUGAUUCAAAACGAGACAAUUGACGAAAUUGCCAAGUUUAUCGGUGUCGAAAAGGAAGUUUCGGCAAUCACCGAGCGAGCAAUGAAUGGCGAACUUGAUUUCACCGCAUCUCUGAAAGCGCGAGUUAGCCUUUUGAAAGGAGUUCCUGCCGAUGUAUUUGACAAGCUGCAAAAAAUCGUCACUAUUUCCCCUGGAGCCCGUGAGCUGUGUAAGGCACUCAAAGCGCUGGGCUUUAAGAUGGCAGUUCUCAGUGGAGGUUUCCAACCGUUGGCUGAAUGGCUUGCCAACGAACUUGGCCUAGAUUAUGCCUUUGCCAACCAUCUCGCAGUUGACGAAUCCACAAAAACCCUAACUGGCGACUUAGUAGAAUCCAAACCCAUCAUUGAUGCGCAGCAAAAAAGGACACUCCUCCGCAGACUCGCAGCGGACAACAAUAUCCCGCUCACACAGACCAUCGCCGUUGGCGACGGGGCGAAUGAUCUCCCCAUGCUCCACGAGGCCGAGCUGGGCAUUGCAUGGCGCGCAAAGAGCAAAGUGCAAUUAGAGGCGCCUACACGUCUGAAUGGGGAACGUCUGACAGAUAUACUAUAUUUGUUGGGAUUGGGGGAUGAGGAGAUUAAAGAGCUGGAAUCGACCUAUUAA